AUGCCAUCAGAAGCAUUCCAACAAUGGGUGGAUAAUAUUGAGAAAAUAAAUUUAGAAACUGAAAUGGAACUAACUAGGUUGAAGUAUGAAGGAGACUCACAAAUUGAGAGGUUGAAAUACGAAAGGGAAGCUCAAAAUGAGAGGGUCUUGUUGGAAAAUAGGAAAGUUUCUAUGAAACAAAACAAGAUCAAUUUGGAAUUAUUCAAAGUGCUUGCAUCAAAAGACUACUUAACUGAAGAAGAGGAAAAUUUAAAGAGUCAUUUAGUGAAGAAGGAUCUUGAGACCUAUUUUCCUCAUAAUUCUGAAAAUGUCAUCAUAAAAUUGUCCAUGGCUGAAAACAGGCCAUAUGCCACAGGGAGACUUGGUGCAUCAACAUUGCUAAAGUGCACUGCGGCUAUAAGGUUGUUAGCAUAUGCCACAUCAGCAGAUUUAGUGGACGAUUAUCUUAAAAUAAGUGGCUCUCUUGCUAGAGAUUCACUACAACAUUUUGUUGAGGGUGUGGUUGCCGAGUUCGGUGACGAAUACUUAAGAAGACCUAAUGAAACAGAUUUAACGAGAUUGUUAUAUGCAGGUGAGGAAAGAGGAAUUCCGGGAAUGAUGGGUUCUAUUGAUUGCAUGCAUUGGCGAUGGAAAAAUUGUCCACUACAAUUUAAAGGACUCUAUUCGGGAAGAGCUGGUAAGCCAACUUUAAUUCUCAAAGCUAUUGCGUCAUAUGAUUUGUGGAUCUGGCAUGCUUUCUUUGGAACACCAAGUAGGUGCAAUGAUAUAAAUGUUCUUGAUAGAUCUCCAAUAUUUAACGAUGUAUUUGAAGGUCGUGCACCUCCAGUAAGUUAUGUUAUCAACGGCCACCAGUACGACAUGGGUUAUUACCUAAUAGAUGGUAUAUAUCCUCAAUGGGCCGCGUUUAUUCCCACAAUAUCUCUUCCAUUGAAUGAGAAGGAAAGCCUUUUUGCCCAAAAGCAAGAGAGCAAACGAAAGGAUGUGGAGCGUGCAUUUGGAGUAUUACAAGCUCGUUUUGCAAUAAUUGGUCAACCGGCACUGGCUCGUGAUAAAUAUAUGCUAGGAAAAAUAAUGUUUACUUGCAUUAUAAUACAUAACAUGAUAACUGUAUGA